AUUUCCCAUCCAACUAGUGACAGGCUUAACACGUACAUCCAGACUUCUCUUCAUCCACCGUACACCAGCUCGAAGUUUCCUUUGAUAUCGUCAGGGCUAUCCUGGUACGGCUUUCUCCGAUUGACAGACUGUUAGUGACGUAAGAGAUGACGUCAAACCAACCACCACCAGCAGCCUAUGUAUAUGGCAUGCCCGAGCCCAACCAAUCAUGCCAAUCGUAUCAUUCGACUUAUCUAACCAAAAUUAAGCGAACAGCCAUCUUGCAACUGAUAGGCGGAUGUCUUCUUGUUGUCUUCGGAAUAGUAGCCAUCAUCCUCAUGGCCCGCUGGUCCUAUUUUGCUACGGCUAUCUGGAGUGGAAUACUGGUUUUUGGAACAACUGGAGUGAUUGGAAUAUCUGCAGCUUCCAACGAAUACAAGUGUUUGGUACGGACCUACAUGGCUCUGUCUAUAGUCGGCUGCUUGAUGGGGUUUGCCCUGUUUGAAAUGCACAUCUUCGCCGCCAUCUGGGAAGAAACAUAUCCCAAUUGGGAUUAUAUUUGCCAGCCGGGGAAUUACUGGUCCAGGAUCCCAAAUUGUGCCAAAUCAUUGCCAGCAAGAAAGACAUUUGACGCCCUGAUCUGCAUCACCGGUUUCUUCCUCUUCAUACUCUGCAUCGUCUCCGCUUCUUUCGGAUGUUGCGCUUCAUGCCGAGGAUGUGAACCGUGCUGCAGAAAGUGUUGCCGAGAUGGCGAAGGUUGUAGUAGUUGUUGCAGUCCUCCACCGCCACCGGUCACGGCUGUCUACCAACCCCAAGGGAAUGCUCUUACUACUAUGCCGGGUCAUCAACAAGCUGGACUGUACAUUGUACAGCAGGGACCGCCUCCCGUCUUACAACAGGGACCGCCUCCCGUCAUACAGUAUCCAAACGUUAUUCUGCAACCACCUCAAACCACCAAUCAGGGACAAGGAUUAUACGUGGUACCGCCUCCAACCUCCGGAGCUCCGCCCCCAACCAAUCCAAUGCCCAAUCAGAUGGAUCCUCAGCAACCUAACCCCGCCGGUCCUCCCACCUACGUAUACAGCCAGCAGAUCACCCCUGUCGAACAUCCAACUAAGGCAUAGAAAAUAGUAGGAUAUAUUUUCUCCCUCUACUCUCCCCACGUGUAUUCCUCUGCAACUCUUCUCUCGCUCCACUUCUCCCCCUCUCCACUUCUCUCUCUCUCCCUCUCCUCUUCUUUCCUUUCCUCUCCCCCCCCCCCCUGUUCUCUUCUCCUCCCCUUAUUUCCAAUAUUCUUUCUUCUCCUCUCCUCUUUUCUCUUCUCCUUCCUUUCCUUGUCUCUUCCCCCAUCUCCUCUACUCCCCUCUCC